ACUAAAAGUGAGAUGGCCUAAAGAUUAAGAGAGUGAGAGAGAAAAAUGGCGGCAAGGUCAUUGAUUUUGCCAUCAGGGCUAGCGGAGGCGACAGAGCUUCCAUGUGGGUUUCGCUUCGAUCCCACAGAUGAAGAACUCGUUUUCUAUUAUCUUAAAGCAAAGCUGGAGAAGACGCUGACCCUUGAUGUGGUGAAGACGAUUGAUGGUCAUCCAAACACACUUUAUGAUGAUGAUCCCUGGAAUAUCUUUCACAGCCAGUUAACUGGAUUCUUCUACGUUUUCACCAAGUUGAAGGGGAUGACCGAUAAGAGAAGAGAUAGAAGAACGCCCUCAGGAACUUGGAGAAACCAAAACAGAAAACCAAUUCUUGAUUCUGACGGUAAUAUUCUGUAUGUGAAAAAACAAUUUAGAUUUGAAGAAACAGACAAGAAAAACCAAAACGGCCUUUGGUUAAUGACCGAGUUCUCAUCCAAAGAUGAAGGGCGUAAGGGAGAGUACGUUCUUUGUAGAAUCUAUAACAAGCAUGCACUUGGAAAGAAGAGAAAUUAUUUUGCCGAGAAAGAAGAAGGAAACGGCGAAUCAAAGAAGAUGCGACGGGACAAUCUUUACUGUGCCUAAUGUGAGAAUGAGAAAUUUGGGUACCCUAAUUCUAUAGCUUAGAGAGACAGGACAAUCUUGAUUAUGCCUACUGUGAGAAUGAAAAUUUUGGAAACCCUAACCAUAGCUUAGAGAGAACUCCAGAAUAUGCAGAUAAUGGUGCUUUAAAGUUUUUACAUGAUUUGGAGACCCUAAUCCUAGCUUAGAGAGACAAGACAAUCUUGACAUGCCUAUUGUGAGAAUGGAAAUUUUGGAGACCAUAACUAUAGUGAAUUUUGUUCUUGACUAUAUGCAGAAUAUGCAGAUAAUGGUGUUUUCUCCAAUCUCCAGAG